AUGCUAGGUCCUCUGGGAACUGGUCCAAUGUUGCCACAGCGGGUGGCCGUGCAGCUGGUACUGGAGAGAUCAUUGACGGUGCUGUCCUUCGACAUGGAGCCAAUGUCCUACACUUGGGGGUUUUACAACCACGAUUUCUUGAGCACCUACUGUGCCACCAUGGUCCAGCUCUGUGAAGCCCUCGGCCGUUCUGUCCAGGUGGUGAACUUAGAUCCCGCGGCGGAGCAUUUCAACUAUGAUGUGAUGGCUGACAUCCGGGAACUGAUCGAUGUGGAUGAUGUGAUGGAGGAAGGCUCCCUGCGCUUCGGUCCCAAUGGAGGACUGGUUUUUUGCAUGGAGAACUUUGCCAAUAACUUUGAGUGGCUGGAGAACUGCCUUGGCCAUGUCGAGGAUGACUGCAUCCUUUUUGACUGUCCAGGUAGCUCAAUCGAGUUGUACACAAACCUGCCCGUGAUGAAACAGCUGGUUCAGCAGCUGGAACAGUGGGAGUUCCGAGUCUGUGGAGUGUUUCUUGUUGAUUCUCAAUUCAUGGUGGAGUCUUCAAGGUUUGAAACUAUACCUCUUUUUUCUGGCAUCUUGGCAGCCUUGAGUGCUAUGGUAUCUCUAGAAAUCCCGCAAGUUAACAUCAUGACCAAAAUGGACCUGCUGAGUAAAAGAGCUAAAAAGGAAAUUGAGAAGUUUCUAGAUCCAGACAUGUAUUCGUUAUUAGAUGAUUCUACAAGUAACUUCAGAAGCAAAAGAUUCAAUAAAUUGACUAACGCCAUAUACAUCCGGGAACUGAUCGAGGUGGAUGAUGUGAUGGAGGACGGUUCCCUGCGCUUCGGUCCCAAUGGAGGACUGGUGUUUUGCAUGGAGUUCGCCAGUAACUUUGAGUGGCUGGAGAACUGCCUUGGCCAUGUCGAGGAUGACUGCAUCCUUUUUGACUGUCCAGGUCAGAUCGAGUUGCACACACACCUGCCCGUGAUGAAACAGCUGGUUCAGCAGCUGGAACGGUGGGAGUUCCGUGUCUGUGGAGUGUUUCUUGUUGAUUCUCAAUUCAUGGUGGAGUCGUUCAAGUUUAUUUCUGGCAUCUUGGCAGCCUUGAAUGCUAUGGUAUCUCUAGAAAUCCCGCAAGUUAACAUCAUGACAAAAAUGGACCUGCUGAGUAAAAGAGCUAAAAAGGAAAUUGAGAAGUUUCUAGAUCCAGGCAUGUAUUCUUUAUUAGAUGAUUCUACAAGCAACUUCAGAAGCAAAAAAUUCAAAAAAUUGACUAAUGCCAUAUGUGGGCUGAUUGAUGACUACAGCAUGGUCCGAUUUUUGCCUUCCAAUCAAUCAGAAGAAGAAAGCAUGAACAUUGUAUUACAGCAUAUUGAUUUUGCCAUUCAGUACGGAGAAGACUUGGAAUUCAAGGAACCCAAGUUAAUUUCUGAUGAUUUAGAUUUGCCAGGGCCAGAGAACGGUACAGAGGGAAAGACCAUUCUCUGCCUCCCCUAG